CCCAUCUCCAGCUUCGACACCUACUUAUCCCUGUAACAUGAUACAUACCGGCAAAUACUAUGUAACUCAUCUGCCCAUCUGGGACACAUCUUUGUGUCAGGCUCGUGCUCGUCAGUUGACGAAGACUAAGAUCCGCCCGAAAAGCGGUACCAAAUAAGAACGGAUUCAACUCCAAUACUCACCCCGCUCUCUAUUGCUACCCCACACUCCGAUGCUCCUGUCUUCCUACCGCCGUAUCCUUCUCGGCCGUAGGCUCUACUACAACUCUGGGUUUCAUACUUCUUCAGUCUGGCAUGCGUCCAGAAAGGUCUUGCAGAAGUUUAAGCUGGCAGACAUCGGAGAGGGAAUAACAGAAUGUGAGGUCAUCAAAUGGAACGUGAAGCCUAAGGGCUCUGUCACCAUGUUCGAUCCGCUCUGUGAAGUUCAGAGCGACAAGGCGAGCGUCGAGAUCACGAGUCCGUUCGACGGCGUGGUGAAGCAGAUCCUCGUCGACGAAGGCGAAGUCGCGAAAGUCGGCUCUGACCUCUGUAUCAUCGAGGUUGAUGAGGAAACGCUCGAAGGUGUUGACCCAGCUCAAGUUGAACCCGUUAGCAAUCCACAACCUCACCAAGAGCAGGAAGCCACCCAAUCUGAAGUGGAUUCGUUUGCCAAUACUCAAUCCUCUGCAACGCCUCCUCUACCCUCAGUUUCUGAAUCACGACAGCCGCAUCCGUUGGAUCCAAACAAACCACCAUCGACGACGAGUCAGGAUAACGUACUGGCGCUUCCGGCGGUCAGACAUCUUGCGAGGCAGAGCGGGGUAGAUUUGACGCUGCUUGCUCCGGGGAGUGGAAAGAACGGAAGGAUAGAGAAGGUUGAUGUGGAGAGAUAUCUCGCUGCUGAAAAGCAGAGUCCAGAGAAUAAGACUGCUGCCCUCGAGGAAGAUGUUGUUGUUGAACUGGGACGGACGAGGUACGGGAUGUGGAAGGCGAUGACCAAGAGUUUAGAGAUUCCACAUUUCAGCUACUCGACGUACCUCGACCUGACCGCACUUCACCACCUCCUACCGACACUAAACGCCCACAUACCCACCCACUUCCUCCCUUCGCCACCCACAACACCCGUAAUGGUCUCGCCCACCUCCAUCUACACUCCUCCCUCACCUCCACCCGUCCCCGACUCAGGCAAAUACACCAAACUCACCUACCUCCCCAUCCUCCUCAAGACCCUCUCCAGAGCAAUGCUCGAAUGGCCCCUUUUCCGCUCCUCCAUCACACCCUCCUCUGACCCCUCCGCCAAACCCACACUCACCAUCCGCCCCAACUCCGACAUCAGUAUCGCACUCUCAACACCCACAGGUCUCUACAUCCCCACGCUCCAACGUGCCAACACGCAUUCUAUUUGCUCACUCGCCUCCUCACUCAAACAUAUUUCCCACCUCGGCCGUCAAACUCCCUCCGCCCUCACACCGAAUGAGAUGCCCAAACGCGGCGGAACAGUCACGGUGUCCAACGUCGGAGCCAUCGGAGCAGGUGAAUUCGCCAUGCCGGUGCUAGUUCCCGGGACAGGUGUGGCGAUCGUUGCUAUUGGAAGGGCAAAGUGGGUUUGGGACGUGGAGAGAGGUGAUAGGAAGGGUGAGAGGAGAUUAAAAGUUGGGGUGAGUUGGAGUGCGGAUCAUAGGGUCGUUGAGGGAGCUGAGUUGGCGGCGUUCGUGGAGUGUUGGAGGUCGUAUGUCGAGCAGCCGGAGAGGUUGAUUGGAGAAGGAAUCUGAAGCUGAGGAAUAUGCAGGAGGUCAAGGAAGGCUUCGUGUCCGCCUUGUCCGAGCUAAUCUGCCAAAUUACUGCUUAUGGGAUACCCCAGAUGCUUCUUUCGGAGGAACGGUAUGGGACGGCCGUUGUCGCGGGGACUAGGAGCGCGUAGGACGCAAACGUGAGGACCUGCGUGUGAUAUUAUUUCUUGUCGGUCGCGUUUCCGACGUGUACAAUUAGGGCAGCUCAAUCUUAAACGCGAGCCGCGAGCCGACCCCAGCUCGCAGCUCGAGGUUCUCUUGCGUUAAGCGGGUGGGUGCGGUAUGCGGCUGAGAGAUCCCGAUCGGCAGGCGCACCGCCUGCCUUUCCGUUCUGGUGUGCUCUGCCUGGAUUGGGAGAUUCUUUGGACACUCACAUAUUGUCCUGCAUAAAUGAAAACAUCCUUUUGUCAGAAUUUGUGUAAUAUCUAGUCUUGGC